GAUAGCAACUAAACAUUACUUCCACCAACAAAUCUAUUCAACACGCUCAGCAGACAGAUAUUACCUUAUUUUGAUUUGAUGUAGGAGAUUUGACGAGUUUUUUAGGCGGUGCCAUAGAUUCAAAUUGUGACAGGGAUAUGGCAGCGUGGCAUUUCCUCAAACAGUUAACGUGCACCGUUGGUGCUCAUUCUCCCACCCUCUCCCGCCGCCUCGGACACUACUCAUCACUCGUUCCCCUUCUCUCCAACCAUCACAAAAUCUUUAGGUACCAAUGGCUUCCCCAUUUUCACGUCAAUCUUCAUGCAAAGUUUUCCACAACUCUAUCAGACACGUCCUUGGCUUCACCAGUUCCUUAUACUUCCGUUCUGAUUCACUGUCCUAAAGACACUGCAGAUGUGCUUGCAGAAGCUCUUUUAUGCUUUGGUGCAAGUUCUGUUAGUAUGGAUCAAGAUGAUGUCUCUCAAAGUAUUGAUGAGAUUUGCAUUAGUUCAAUAUUUCAUGAAGUUGAGGAUAUAAAUGUGAGCAUUUCACAUGCUGCUGAUUCUAUUGGUUUGAAGGAGAUACCAAGAUAUGUGGUUAAAACUAAUGAGGAGGACUGGGUGAAGAAAUCUCAGGAAUCAUUUCAUCCAGUUCAAGUUACUGAAGGCCUAUGGGUGGUGCCCAAGUGGUGCACUCCACCAGAUGUUCAAGCAACAAAUAUAUUUGUCAAUCCAGGACUUGCCUUUGGAACUGGAGAACACAGCACUACCAAACUCUGUCUAUUACUCUUACAAGGUUAUAUUAAAGGAGGUGAGCACAUUCUGGACUAUGGCACAGGAACUGGAAUUCUUGCAAUUGCUGCUCUUAAGUUUGGAGCUGCCUUUGCUGUUGGAGUUGAUGUAGAUUCACAAGCAAUUGCAUCAGCAUCGGAAAAUGCUUCCCUGAACAACAUCGGACCAGACAAACUGCAACUGCACCUGGUUUCCUGCAAAGCCUCUUCAUCCUCCCAAAAUGACUUGACAUUUGGAGUUAUGGAGGGACAAAACACUUGUGAGAUACAAGCAGUCAUUACUCACAGGGAUAAGUUUGAUGUGGUCAUUGCAAAUAUACUCUUAAAUCCUUUACUGGAUCUUGCUGAUCAAAUUAUUUCUUUAGCAAAGCCUGGAGCAGUUGUUGGUCUCUCUGGUAUCUUAUCUGAGCAGGUCCAGUACAUCGUAGAAAGAUAUUCACCAUUUUUGGAAGGCAUAGAAGUGUCCAAAAUGGAUGACUGGGCCUGCGUGAGUGGCAGAAAAAAGUAGAUAGAUAUUUGAAUGUGAGAUAACUCAUUAAGUCACUUGGACAUGCACUUUGGAAUGAUCAAUUUGUCUUUGGUUGUUGUAAUUCAGUUUCCAAGCAGAAAAUUACAGUAUAAGAAAAGGCACCCCAAAGAGUAUAAGAGUAGUAAUGUUACUUGUCGAACAAUUUGUGUAAUACAAUUUUUGUGUUUAUCUCUUUCCAUCACUUCAUUUAUUAUAGAGAUAUUAAUAAUGAAGAGAGACAAAUACAAAAGUAGUAUUGUACAAGUUGUAUAAUUUUUGUUGUAUAUAUAGCAUUUCUCAAAGUUUAAUACCCUGACUGAAAAGGAAAUCACAUUUGGUAUCAAAGCAUGAGUUUGAAAAUUCAUUAUUA